GGGCUGUGCACAGCAUUCCUGGAACAUGAGGGCUGGAUGCAGCCUGGCCCUCGGAGGACGACGUCGCUGGCGGCAGAAAGGGGGAUAUUGAAAGGCAAACCUGGGUGCAGCCGGAAAGGUCCAGGUAGAUGAGCUUGUGGCAUCCGUUCCCCAAGUUCAGGGACUUCACGUACCCCAGCUGGGUCUUAUUGUUCCUGAACUACAUUAGUUAAAAUUGUCCAAGCUUGGGUUUCAAAGGAUUACUUUCUUGGCUCCAUCUGUCAGACCCAGGAAUCAGGACCAGCUGGAUGUCAGGAUGCGCACGGUCACCCUCAUCCUACUGCUGUGCUUCUGCAGAGCUGCUGAGCUGCUGCGCAGGGCCGGCCCUGGCAGUGCCAAAAGUCGCACCAUCUCUGGCCGGGCAGCCGGGGGCCGGAGGGGUUCCCACCCCGUCAAACGCUACGCACCAGGCCACCCCUGCGAUGUGUACACCUAUCUCCAUGAGAAAUACUUAGACUGUCAGGAAAGAAAAUUAGUUUAUGUGCUUCCUGCCUGGCCCCAAGACCUGCUGCAUAUGCUGUUAGCAAGAAACAAGAUCCGUAUAUUGAAGAGCAACAUGUUUUCCAAGUUUAAAAAGCUAAAGAGCCUGGACCUGCAGCAGAAUGAGAUCUCCAAAAUUGAGGACGAGGCGUUCUUUGGUUUAAAUAAACUCACCACCCUCUUACUGCAGCACAACCAGAUCAAAGUCUUGACGGAGGAGGUGUUCAUCUACAUGCCUCUCCUGAGCUACCUGCGUCUUUAUGACAACCCCUGGCACUGUACCUGCGAGAUAGAAACGCUCGUUUCCAUGUUGCAGGUUCCAAGGAACAGAAAUUUGGGGAACUAUGCCAAGUGUGAAAGCCCGCAAGCCCUAAAAAAUAAAAAACUGCUGCAGCUUAAAUCCGAAGAGUUGUGUAGUGAGGAAGAAACGGAGCAACUGGACCCAAGACCCCAAGUGUCAGGGAGACCCCCGGUCAUCAGACCUGAGGCAGACUCAACUCUGUGCCACAAUUACGUGUUCCCCAUACAAACGCUGGACUGCAAAAGGAAAGAGUUGAAGAAAGUUCCAACCAACAUCCCUCCAGAUAUUGUUAAACUUGACUUGUCCUAUAAUAAAAUCAACCAGCUGAGGCCCAAGGAAUUUGAAGAUGUUCAUGAGCUAAAGAAAUUGAACCUUAGCAGCAACGGCAUCGAAUUCAUAGAUCCUGCUGCCUUUUUAGGACUCACACAUUUAGAAGAGCUCGAUUUAUCAAACAACAGCCUGCAAAAUUUUGACUAUGGGGUAUUAGAAGACUUGUAUUUUCUGAAACUAUUGUGGCUCAGAGAUAACCCCUGGAGAUGUGACUACAACAUUCACUACCUCUACUACUGGUUAAAGCAUCACUACAAUGUCCAUUACAAUGGCCUGGAAUGUAAGAUGCCUGAAGAAUACAAAGGGUGGUCUGUGGGAAAAUACGUUAGGAGUUACUAUGAAGAGUGUCCCAAAGAUAAGUUACCAGCACACCCCGAGACAUUUGACCAGGACACAGAAGAUGAUGAGUGGGAAAAAAUACACAGGGAUCAUACAGCGAAAAAGCAAAGUGUAAGAAUCACUAUAGUGGGGUAACUCAGAAAUUGUUCUGGUUGUAAUUAGUUCCAUAUUUGCUGUACUGGUGUCAGAAAACUGUGUGUUUACAUUUUGACUGUGUUGCUUAUUUAUGCAGGGUAAUCCAGCUACAGGAAGCUUUUUUUAAUUAUUUUGUUUUUAUGUUGUGACAAUAAUGUUGCUACAUUUAUUGUUUUUAUGUUGUGACAAUUUUUAUGUUGUGACAGUUAAUCAAGGGAAUACUCUUAUUUUGCUUGCCUAUCUGUUUAUGGAGCAACUUUUAGAGAUACAUGAUUCCACACUGGUGACCUGCAGGAACUGGGUCCUAAUGGUGGCAAUGACAUUUCAUAAUGUCCUGUAUAAAUGUUUUUACUGCUUUUUGAAAAUAAAAAACUUGGUGCAUUUUAUAUGCCUUUCAAUAGCUCCUUGUACAUACCUCAAGAUGAUCAAAAUGAAGAUACAGAUGCUUAAUCAUAAUCAAAUGUCUUUCCCUCCUCCUGCCCACCCCUCACUUUUAUUCAGUAAGUCUUAUACAUUAAAUAAAUCUCCAUUUCCAAUUCCUCUACAUCCUAAAAUGAGGUCCUAUUAAACCCCAAUUCCCACCCUAUGGGAUCCUUGCAACCAGGAGGACAAUUGUCACUAGAGGCAAUAAGACAAUUAGAGAAUAUGAGAAUCAUAUUAAUGGAAACUGGUCAGAGGAUGGACUCUGGGAUGCAGAUGUACACGGUGUGAAUUAUGAGCCUGAAGAGGUAUAAACAUGAGUGAAUGUGGAAAUAACACUAAGGUUUUUGUUAAGUUUUUUUGAGCAGUGUUCAGGAAGCCACCUGUUUGUAGUGAAGGCAUAGCAUUCCCCUCUAAGAUAAAAUUUCCCGCUAAGAUAAAACGACAAGGACCAUAAGACAAAGCACAAAAUUAGGAUGCAGGGGUGAGAAUUUGGGCUGAAGCCAAAACAAAAAUAAGGAAAUAAGAUCCAAGGCAACCAAGGGAGGUAGUGGAGUCCAAGAUAAUCCCCCAAAACUUGAAGGUUAAAAUUAGC